AUGUCCUACAGCAACACUACACAGAAUCCUCAACCUACAGGUGGCAGUGAUGAAUCCGAUCUAUCCUCUCGUAUUUCAAACGUCUCAAUAUCAUCUGCACAGUCAGCUGUGCAAAUCAUCAAAGAAUCUCCAUUCAUUGAACGCUUAAUGAACAUGAUCAGCAGAGAUAUUGAUGAGCUCGAUAACACAGCAACCGAUCUCAGGAAUUGGCGCAAGCAAUUAGAUCCAAAUACAUAUAAACCAGUAGUUUGGACACAUGAGAUGACCUGCGCGUAUCAACAGUACAAAGAUCUUGUCGGCAAAAUUGGAAGAAGCCACCAGGAAUUCCUACGUUGUGAGAGAAGAACGAAGGAAGAAAAAAACGCCACACCAGGACAGCAUAUCCUUUGCGCAAAGCUGGCUCUUCAAUGGGGCUGCGAUGCUUUAACGGCGGCAGAUGCACGACUUGAGUUCUUGAAAAUAUACCGGAAUGCCUAUAAGCUGGACAGUAUCGAUAAUCAUAUUGAGACAGCACAGGAUGUUAUAACUAGUGGCAAGAAGGCUCUAUAUAACGCAAAAAAAUGUUAUGACAGUGCGUAUAAUCAUUUCAGUUAA